CAGUGCGUAAGAGAGUUGAAAGGAGGAGGAUGUGCGUGGAGGUUCCACAGAAGAGCCCCGACGCUGGCGGGUCGGGUCAGCUACGACUUUAUCAAACUUGGAAAGGAAGUAACGUUUUUCUUUUUCGCGGGAGAUUGAUUUUUGGGCCAGAUGUGAGAUCAGUUCUUUGGACUGUGAUCCUUAUAGUUGCUCCUGUUCCAUGUUUCUGUGUCUUCAUUGCACGGAAAUUAAUGGAUGAAUAUUCGAAAAAUAUUGGCAUUUCAGUUAUGGUUGUCGCUGUUCUGUUUACAAUUUGGGUAUUAGUCCUCCUACUCCUUACUGCUGGAACAGAUCCUGGUAUAGUACCUCGCAAUGCACACCCUCCACUGCCAGAGGGUUUUGAUGGGAGCAGUGAGUUUGGGACUGGUCGUGCACCACCAUUCCAUUUGCCACGCACAAGGAACGUAGUUCUUAAUGAUAUACCUGUGAAAGUCAAAUCUUGUGAUACUUGCAUGCUUUACAGGCCUCUACGAACCUCACACUGUUCAAUAUGCGACAAUUGUAUUGAGCGAUGUGAUCACCAUUGCCCUUAUUUUGGACAAUGUAUUGGAUUGCGGAACUACAAGUUCUACUUCAUGUUUUUGUGCUCAGCAACUUUGCUUCAUCUCUGUGUCUUUAGUUUUUGCUGGGUCUUUGUUGUAAGGAUCAGUAAUAGGGAGACGGCAUCCAUUAGAAAAGCAAUGGCCAAGUAUCCAGCCUCUAUUGCUCUAAUAAUAUACACGAUUAUACUAUCUGUGAUGGCUGGUGCCCUGACAGGCUACCAUCUCUAUCUCAUCAGCAAAAACAUGUCUACCAUCGAUCAUCAUAAGCAUCGUUAUCCUUCUCAGAAUUCCAACCCCUUUAACAAAGGGGUUACUGGAAACUUCAUGGAGGUCUUCUUCACCAGUAUUCCCCCAUCAAAGAACAAUUUUAGGGCAAAGGUGCAGAUAGAACCAGAGAUUCAAAUUCGAGUGGUAGGUUCUAGUUCAUCUGGUUCAAAUAUGGAGGAACUCACAGGGGACCUAGAAGCCGGGCUGAAGCUGGUUUCGGAGGACUCUGGAACUGGUCUGCAUGAAAUUGAAGUGGACAUCAGCACCAAUGAUAGAGUGAACAAGCACGAUGAGUGUGAUGAGGAGUCCCCUGACCUAAACAGAAUACAAAGCUUGCCUGAUGUUGAUGCCAUGGCAUCUGAAGCUGGGCAUUUCAACCGAGAAAGUACUGGUGACAAUGGCAGCUGCUUGAGCUCUGCAAUGAAGAAUGUGCAAUGAUGGUCGAGUUUGAUGCUUAGCAAAGUCACUUAUUAGAAAAAACUGAUAAAGAAUAUGCAGGUAAGACCAAACAUACGUGGUAAAGUUCAGUGCAGAAAAAUUGAGGCCUUUUAAGUUAUACUGUAUAUUAUCAAAGAGUAAUCUUGCGAGUUAUGGUCCCUAAAACAAUGGAAUUUCUAGAAGAACCUUUAUGUCUGUAGUAGUGUGAAUGCUUGCAGAAAUGUUGCUCGUAAUAUCUUGAAGAACCUAUAUCGCAUUUGCCGCUUGGUAUUGUGAUUUCAAAUUGAUACAAAGUUUCGGCUUUUGGCUCAAUAGCAGGCUAUCAGCGAAAGGUAUAGAG